UGUGAAAAUCUGAGACACUGCAGCACAGCAAGAAUAAACAACCAGCUUCAUUUAGGCACCGUUUUUAGGGGAGUGCACAGCUUGGCGGUGGGUCGGGGGUGGAUAUGCCCCAGCAUAUUGUAUAGUACUCUCGCAGACAGAGAAUAAGUAUGGAAGAUCUAGCUGCAUGUGUAAGGGUAAAUGGAAAGUCCAAAACAGAUGAAUCAGCUUUUCCUGCUGCUCACAGUGUUGACUUGCACUGCGGAUCCCGCCUGAAAAGCAUCAAGCGCUGGAUACCUGUGGACUACAAGAAUGAAAUUGUUCAGUUUUUAAAACUGACAGGGCCCGUGGUUAUUUCACAGAUGAUGAGUUUCCUGAUCGGCUUUGUCAGCAUGGUGUUCUGCGGUCACCUGGGGAAAACAGAGCUGGCGGGGGUGGCGUUAGCGAUAGCGGUCAUAAAUGUCACAGGUAUUUCCAUUGGCUGUGGUUUGGCUUCAGCAUGUGAUACUCUCAUCUCUCAGACCUAUGGGAGUGGUAACCUGAAGCGUGUCGGAGUGAUACUCCAGAGGGGAGUUUUGAUUCUGCUCUUAGCCUGUUUCCCCUGCUGGGCCCUGCUCAUUAACACUCAGCCCAUUCUGCUGGCUGUCAGGCAGAGCGCAGAGGUCGCCAGACUCUCCCAGCUGUAUGUUAAGAUCUUUAUGCCAGCUCUGCCUGCUGCCUUCAUGUACCAGCUGCAGGCGAGUUAUCUCCGGAAUCAGGGCAUCAUGUGGCCCCAGGUGAUUUCCGGAGCCAUGGGGAACAUUUUAAAUGUAAUAAUCAACUACAUCUUCCUCAAGCAUCUGGAUCUGGGGAUCACUGGAUCUGCAGCUGCCAAUGCCAUCUCUCAGUAUUCCUUGGCUGUGUUCUUGUUUGUUUACAUCAGCUUCAGGGGGCUGCACAAAGCUACAUGGGACGGCUGGUCAGCAGACUGCCUGCAGGAGUGGGGUCCUUUCCUCCACCUGGCCAUCCCCAGCAUGCUGAUGCAUUGCCUGGAGUGGUGGCUGUAUGAGAUCGCAGGGUUCCUGGCAGGCAUCAUCAGUGAGGUUGAGUUGGGGGCGCAGUCUAUAGUUUAUCAACUGGCUGCUAUUGUUUGCAUGUUUCCAGUGGGUAUCUCCGUGGUUGCCAGUGUUCGUGUUGGAAAUGCUCUUGGUGCUGGGAACACAGAGCAAGCCAAGCUGUCCAGCAAGGUCUCGCUCAUCUGUGCAUGUUUUGUCUCGUGUCUCAUUGGAGCAGGUCUUAUUGUGUUAAAAGAUUUGGUUGGUUACAUUUUCACCACAGAGCAAGACAUUAUUCAGAGGGUGGCGGAUGUCAUGAAGCUGUACUGCGUAAGCCAUGUCGCUGAAGCCAUUGCGGUUAGAACCUUUUUCCACAUAACUCACAUUAUUUUUCUGCAGGGCGACACAAAACCCAACUUGUUUUUAUUAAGUUUUAAAUGUCUGGUUAUUUCUUCUCCACAGGCUGUGACCGGAGGUAUUGUAAGAGGGACAGGGAAGCAAAUGAUUGGUGCUGUGUGCAACUUGGUGGGUUACUACUUGAUUGGGUUCCCCAUUGGAGUGUCUCUGAUGUUUCCUGUUAAAAUGGGCAUUGUAGGGCUGUGGUCGGGGUUUUUAAUUAGCGUUUUGAUACAGUCUACUUUCUUUAUUAUUUUCCUGUGUAAACUAAACUGGACAAAAGUCACUGAAGAGGCGCUAAUAAGAGCUGGAGUCCACAUUACAGACAGGAACCAGAUCUUUGCGAUAGAAACCAAAGACUCUGGUGAGAAACAGGACCACGUACGAUCCGGUUCUUUGAGUCCUGUGGAGGGGAAGCUGGAAGGUCAGCAGACUUCAGAUGACGUGGCUCUAUCAGUCAGGCAGCUGGUGGUGCGACAUGGCCUCGCUGUGCUACUCAUGUUCAUCAUCCUCGCCGCUGGAGUCCUCAUUAGCGAGCUACUAAUCAGACUGCUAGAGUUAGAUGGGUGACUGCAGCAUGAAACCAAGCUCUGUGACUGUGCCUCCAAAGGUACAGAAGCAUCUUCAUGUAUGGUAGAAAAGCAUGUCGAGGAAAGGAAACCUACUCUACAAAAUCCACUACAAAAUGAUCAGUUCAACAAUAUCUUUGGGAGAAGAAUCAGCUCUAAUUUCACCAUCAUGUGCGAUUUGUAGUGACACAUUUAUGUUCCGUACAUCUCCUCUUUUAUAAAACGUAUGUCCAUCUAUUAUGCACCAAUGAUAACCUAAUAGCUGCAUUACAUUAAAUGUUACACAAGUAAAAUGUUUCAUAACUGCAUUAAAUAAGUUGAAUUAUUGCACCUUGUAUAAAA